AUGGCCGACACGGCCCCCGUAGAACCGGGGCCGGAGACUGAGCCCCGGGGCGAACAGGAGCCCCAGCCGGAGCCCGAGCGCGGCGACGCGCCGGCAGCGGACGGUGAGGCCGGGCAGCUGCCGCCCUCCGGGCCGGAGGAGGCGGUGGCAGCAGCAGCGGCGGGCGGCGCCGAGGGGCGGCCGUCGGCGGGCGGAGCGGUGCGUCCCGGCCUGGGCCCGCGGUGCCGGUCGUCGGUGGGUCGCACCGAGGAGUUGCCGGUGAAGAAGAAGCACCGUCGCCGGCCGUCGAAGAAAAAGCGGCGCUGGAAGCCGUACUCGAAGCUGACCUGGGAGGAGAAGCAGCAGUUCGACGAGCGGCAGAGCCUCCGCGCUUCCCGGCUGCGCGCAGAGAUGUUCGCCAAGGGGCAGCCGGUGGCCCCCUACAACACCACCCAGUUCUUGAUGGAGGACCACGACCAGGAGGAGCCAGACCUCAAAACCGGGCUGUACCCGCGGCGAGCCGCCGCCAAGUCGGACGACACGAGCGAGGAGGAUUUCCUGGAGGAGGCGGCGGACGAGGACGGGGGCAGCGACGGGAUGGGGGGGGACGGCAGCGAGUUUCUGCAGAGGGACUUCUCGGAGACCUACGAGCGGUACCAUGUGGAGAGCCUGCAGAACAUGAGCAAGCAGGAGCUGGUGAAGGAGUACCUGGAGCUGGAGAAGUGUCUCUCCCGCAUGGAAGAGGAGAACAACCGGCUGAGGAUGGAGAGCAAAAAACACGGGGGGGAAACGGCGGAGACGGCGCGGGUGCGGCAGCUGGAGCUGGAGGUGGACAGGUUGAGAGCGGAGAACCUGCAGCUGCUGAGAGAGAAGGACCUGCCCGGCCAGGAGAAAGACCCCUGCAAGCUGGGGGAGUGACCCUGAAGGG